CCGGCCGGCCCCGCCAAGAUGCAGCGGCGGCUCCGGGUGUCGCCGGGCGGGCUGGGGGCAUCGCUGGCCCGAGCCGGGCAGGGGGCGCCCACCGCGGCACCCGCGCGCUCCUAGCGCCCCAGACCUGCCGGCGGGCCCGGGCGCUCCCUGCCGCAGCCCUGCCCGCCGUCCCCACCCCUCCACCCUUUGUGCCGCCGCCGCCACCCCGCGCCCGGGCUCCGCUGGACCCCCGGCGGGUCCGGCACAGAGCGGCGCCAGGCCCCGCGAGGGCGCCCGGCCCUCGGCCGAUGGCGAGGGAGCGCGGCGCGGCCCGGGGCGCCGCAGCCCGAGUCCGCGCGGCGGGAGGCCCGGGCCGACUCUACCGCAUUGUCCCGGGCCCCGCGCCCCGGCCCUGAGCCGCGCCGCCGCAACGCCCGCCCACCCGCCGCCGCGGGGCCAUGCGGAGAGCCGCGGGGAUGGAGGACUUCUCCGCAGAGGAGGAGCCCUGGUACGACCCGCAGGACCUGGAGCAGGACCUGCACCUGGCCGCGGAGCUGGGGAAGACCCUGCUGGAGAGGAACAAGGAGCUGGAGGAGUCGCUGCAGCACAUGUACUCCACCAACGAGGAGCAAGUGCAGGAGAUCGAGUACCUGACCAAGCAGCUGGACACACUGAGACAUGUGAAUGAGCAGCACGCCAAAGUGUACGAGCAGCUGGACCUCACCGCCCGAGACCUGGAGCUGACCAACCAGAAGCUGGUGCUGGAGAGCAAGGCUGCCCAGCAGAAGAUCCAUGGGCUGACGGAGACCAUUGAGCGCCUGCAGGCCCAGGUGGAGGAACUGCAGGCCCAGGUGGAGCAGCUGCGGGACCUGGAGCAGCUGCGCGUGCGCAGGGAGAAGCGGGAGCGCAGACGCACCAUCCACACCUUCCCCUGUCUCAAGGAGCUGUGUACCAGUGCCCGGUGCGAGGACGCCUUCCGCCUGCACAGUUCCUCCCUGGAGCUGGGCCCGCGGCCGCUGGAGCAGGAGAACGAGCGGCUGCAGACCCUGGUGGGGGUGCUGCGGUCCCAGGUGAGCCAGGAGCGGCAGCGCAAGGAGCGCGCGGAGCGCGAGUACACGGCCGUGCUGCAGGAGUACUCGGACCUGGAGCGGCGGCUGUGGGACAUGGAGGGCUGCCGCCUGCGCGUGCAGGAACUGGAGGCCGAGCUGCUGGAGCUGCAGCAGAUGAAGCAGGCCAAGACCUACCUGCUGGCCCGGGAGGACCACCUGGCCGAGGCCUUGCUCGCGCCCCUCACCCACGCCCCCGAGACCGACGACCCUCAGCCGGGCAGCGAGGACGACUCCGGCACCCAGGACGGCGUCUCGUCUCCCGACCACGCCGUGCGCAAGAGCUGCAGCGACACGGCGCUCAACGCCAUCGUGGCCAAAGACCCCGCCGGCCGGCACGCGGGCCACCUGACGCUGCACGCCAACAGCGUGCGCAAGCGCGGGAUGUCCAUCCUGCGGGAGGUGGACGAGCAGUACCACGCGCUGCUCGACAAGUAUGAGGAGCUGCUGAGCAAGUGCCGGCAGCACGGUGCCGGCGUGCGGCACGCCGGCGUGCAGACCUCGCGGCCCAUCUCCCGGGACAGCUCGUGGAGGGACCUGCGCGGGGGCGAGGAGGGCCCGGGGGAGGCCAAGGCCGCGGAGAAGAGCCUGAGCCAGCACGUGGAGGCCGUGGACAAGCGGCUGGAGCAGAGCCAGCCCGAGUACAAGGAGCUCUUCAAGGAGAUCUUCUCCAGGAUCCAGAAGACCAAGGCCGACAUCAGCGCCACCAAACUCAAGACUCACAGCGGCAAGUGACCCCCUCCGGCCCACAGCCUCCCUGGGGGGUGGGGGGCGGACCGCAGGGUCCCUCCCGCCUGCCCCGUGCAGCGUCAGGCUAGUGAGAGAGCCCGGUAGCAGCAUAUAGGGAGCAGGUGGCUGCUCCGGGAGGCCAUGCGGCAUGGGGUCCCCCCGGAAGUGGAGGCGCCAGCCUGUCCUGCCUCCAAAUCAAAGCCAAACGUCCCAGCUCCCCCGGGGACUCCCAGGCUUCCCAUGCCCUGGCUCACUGACCCUGGGCCUCGCCCUCAGAUGGGUGGCCAGGCUUCUAAAGCCAUUCUGUAUCGGUUGGCGCUUUUUUUUUUUUUUUAAUUUCAAUUUUUCUGAGAGAUUUGCAAUGCAAGGUCUCCUCGACCCCUUGCUACUGGAAACACUUGAAAGGGGGAUCUCGGAGCCUGCUGUGGCAGGCUCUGGGGUCUCCUGGACCACCCACUGCUUCUCACCAGGCACAACUCGCUGUCAUUCCCCUAAGCGCUGGCUGCCCACCCCAGGGUCCUGAGCAGCUGGCAGACAGCCCCUGCGCCAACCUUGGUGCAGUCCCUGCGCGCACACAGCUGUAGCCAAUCACAGGAGGCCAAGAGGGAGCCUCAGGCCAGCCUCCUCCUCGCAGACCAGCCCCGGAAAUGCCUUCUGGGCUCUAAGCCUUUGCAGGGGCCAGGUGUGGGGAGCCUGCCCUCUGCCUCUGCCGCCCCUCUCCGCGCCCGCCCCUGUCUCAGGGACCAUGACAUCUCAUGCACUCCAUGCUCCCCACAGGCCCAGCCUGGCGCCGGUCACAGCCCCCAGGACAUCCUCCUGGGCAGGUGCCACCAACCAGAGGGCCCAGUGGCCAUGCUCACCCCCCUUCCCUGGGGACUACCCGGGACUCACCCUGCACUGAAUGGUACUGAAACGGGAUGAGGACGAGAACCAUGUUCUCUCCUUCCCUCCCGUCCUUUGUGGGGGAGGGGGCUUGAGGACCCAGGAGGGUCGAGGCUUCACGGACUCAAGCUUCAGCUAAGAGGAGCCCUGCACAGUCCAGGGCUUCUGGUUCCUUCUGCCGCCUCCCCUGAAACCCCAGGAGUCAGAGGAGCGGAGCCGUCCGGUGGCAGGUGGUGGCCCCGGCUUCUGUGCUGGGAGCCCAGUGGGAACCUUGAUGCCUUAUUUAUUUCUAAUGGGUAAAGGGGUUUUCUCAACAAGCAUGCCCGACCUCCCUGGAGACCACCCUGCCCUCCAGGCGGCACUGUGACGCGAGCUGGCGGCCGGGUCCCUGGGCUUGUGCGUGUCGGACCUUUUGUCAUUUGGGGCUGGGCAGCUCCCGGCCCUCGCUGUGUCUCUGUCGGGGAGGGGAUGGUGGAGAGCUCCGGCCUGUUUGCUCCCCAGCUCUGUAGCAGCCACUGAGUAGCAUCACUUCUGAAGCAUACACGAGAGAUAUAUUUACAAAUGCUUUAUUCUCUUCUUUAAUAAAAAAUGCGUCAGUAUUCUAAAAGCAGAAA